AUGGGUCUCGGUAUUGUGGAUGUAAAAGGACGACAAGUUCCUGGCACCGUUGAUAUCUAUGAAAAGGAGCGCGUCGAGAGUCAACCCUCUAGCUACCACACAGAAUUGAAGUACGAUCGUUCUGGGUCAGAGCCCAUACUUCUUGUUCCGCAGCCUAGUGAUGAUCCAAACGAUCCACUGAAUUGGCCGUUAUGGAAGCGCGAUCUGACUAUUUUUGCUCUCUCCCUCGUUGCAGUUCUCUGCGCUACAACAAGUUCCGUAAUGGCGGCAGGAACUGUCACGCUCUCGAGAUACUACAGAAAAAGCUUCAUGUCCAUCGCCCUCCUUACAGGAUACCACCUCUGCGGAACUGGAAUUGCGGGGAUCCUUAUCGUUCCGACUGCCAGAGUAUGGGGCAAGCGCCACCUCUUUGUGCUUGGACAUACACUCAUGGUGGUGAGCUGCGUAUGGGCUGGAGCCAGUGGGUUGAACUACCAGAGUCUUCUCUGGGCUCGUAUCUUUCAGGGCGUUGCUCUGGCUCCGUUCGAAGCUCUAACAAAUGCUGUUGUCGAUGACUUGUUUUACGUGCAUCAACGGGGCAAAAGAAUGGCCUUAUCCAACGUUGCGGUAUUCGGAGCUGCAUUCCUCACACCAGUCGCAGCGGCGGCAGCCUUGCCGCUCACGAUAUUCUUGGUACCAGAGACAGCCUUUAGACGCCCAAAUUACUUAGAACUGGAUUUUCAGGACCGUGACAGAACAGAGAGCCGCCAGCACGCCGAAUUUCGAAAAGCCCAGGAUGAGGCCGAUUCGCGAGAGCCAAAGCAGUCAUCAGCUAGCAAUGGGGAGUCUUCACUAGACGUUGCUAGCCAAGAGCCGCCGACGCAAAGGAGUAUACUUACUAAGGUCUCCUAUGUUCAAACCCUGAAACUUUUCAACGGAAGAAAGACCGACGAACAUUGGUGGAAACUUCUGCUGCGUCCAUUCCCACUGUUCUUCCAUCCCGCAGUACUCUGGGCUUGCUUGAUACAAGGUGUUAUCAUUGGAUGGACGGUAUUCAUCGGCGUCACUUUGGCUGCUAUAUUUAUGAGUGGUCCGCUUUGGUUCGAAGAGGAUAAGACUGGAUACAUGUACGCAGGUGCCUUCAUUGGUGCCAUGGUGGGACUCGUGUUGUCAGGGCUGUUGUCCGAUUUUAUGAACAAUAUCAUGAUCAAGUUCAACAAGGGGAGAUACGAACCCGAAUUUCGUAUCCUCCUUGUGAUCUUCCAAUUGAUCUUCUGCGGCAUCGGUAUGUACGGUUUCGGAAUCACGGCCAAUGAUGCCGCACACUACGGCUGGCUGCCACCCGACGUGUUUUUCGGCUGCGUGGUAAGCGGGAUGGUGAUGGGUGCUGUCGCCAGCGCCUUGUAUAUUGUCGAUGCUCACCGGAACAUUGUCAUCGAGGCCUUUACGUGCAUGUUGAUAUUCAAAAACAUCUUCAGCUUUGUCUUGACCUUUUAUACUUAUGACUGGCUUGUGGAAGCGUAUGUCAAAAAGCCGUUCAUGGCGAUUUCAAGUAUUCAGGUGGCUAUCUGCGCUUUGAGCAUACCUAUGUACAUUUUCGGCAAAUGGAAUCGGUUUUUCUUCUCGCGGUAUGAUAUUCUAAAGCUGCUAAGGUUGUGGUGAUUUCUGGUGAAGAGGUGGCUUAGCAGGAAGUGGGAGGACUUUGUCAAACGUAUGGGUGUUUAUGAGCACCGUUCUAAUGAUUCAACUA